ACAAGCAAGCUUGAUUAUUCUGCAUUGCAACUACACAAUUUAUACCUUUUCUUUUGCAACUACGUACACAAAAGUAACGUUAGAGCUUCAUGGCGACUUCUCUAAGAUUAAGUGAUCACAUUCCAAUCGCUAGAAAUGGCUCCAUCUCAUCACCACGAACUCCCCCUUCGCUCGGUAACAUGGUGACCGUAUUAAGCAUUGAUGGUGGGGGCGUGAGGGGCAUCAUCCCCGGAACCAUCCUCGCCUUCCUCGAAUCCAAGCUCCAGGAGCUCGAUGGAGAGGACGCGAGGAUCGCGGAUUACUUCGAUGUUAUCGCGGGAACAAGCACAGGAGGUUUGGUCACCACCAUGCUCACUGCUCCUAAUGAGAACAAUCGCCCGAUUUUCGCUGCGAAGGAAAUCAAUGAUUUCUACUUGGAGAAUUCUCCAAACAUAUUUCCCUCUAGCAGCAACCAGUUAUUGGGGUUCAUGAAGAGCAUUGUUGGGCCCAAAUACAACGGGAAGUAUCUCCACUCUAAGGUGCAGCAGCUACUGGGGCAAACGAAGCUCAGCGAGACGCUAACGAACGUAGUUAUCCCCACUUUCGACAUCAAAUUUCUUCAGCCCACCAUCUUCUCCACCUUCCAGGCAAAGAAGAUGCCGUCGAAAAACGCUCUUCUAUCCGACAUUUGCAUCAGCACAUCUGCAGCGCCAACUUACCUUCCCGCCCACUGCUUCGAAACCAAAGACUCCCUUGGCAACACCCGAAUCUUCAAUCUCAUAGACGGAGGAGUCGCAGCUAAUAAUCCAACACUACUAGCUAUCAACCAUGUGACAAAGGAGAUAUUCCUAAAGAACUCGGAUUUUUUUCCGAUUAAGCCGAUGGAUUACGGAAAAUUUCUUGUUAUCUCUUUGGGGACGGGGUCGGCCAAGCAAGAAGCGAAGUUCAGUGCUCCUGCUGCAGCUAAGUGGGGCUUGUUUAGCUGGUUACAAAAUAAAGGAACCACACCAAUUGUUGAUAUAUUCACAGAAGCAAGUGCCGAUAUGGUCGAUAUCCAUGCAUCCGUAUUAUUCCAAGCGUUACAUUCUGAGAGAAACUAUCUACGUAUACAGGAUUACUCUUUGAUGGGCGAGGUGGCAUCAGUUGAUGUUUCAUCGAAGGAGAACUUGCUGAGGCUUGUAGAGAUUGGUAAAAAACUUCUGAAGAAGCCAGUGUCAAGGGUGAACCUGGAGACCGGCGUAAAUGAAACGAUACGGGGAGAGGGAACCAACGAAGAUGAACUAACUCGUUUCGCGAAGAUCCUAUCCGACGAGCGUCGGUUUAGGCUCAAAAAGAUGAACAUGGGACAGUGAUUUUGUGUAUUAAUGCAUGUAAUCGUGUAAAUUUUACUACUUACUGUGUGCCAUUAAACUUUUAUUUACUUUUAUUUCCUCACAUUCGUUUGUGUUCUUUUU